AUGAAGGUCUAUUACAUUGGUAUAUUAAAUACAAGCGGAGACAAAUCCAUCGAACUAACCUCAGCAAGAGAUUUGUCUCAAUUUUCCUUCUUUGAAAGGAAUGGGGUAUCACAAUUUAUGACGUUUUUCGCAGAAACUGUAUCUCAAAGGACCCCAGCUGGACAAAGACAGAGUGUUGAAGAGGGCAAUUAUGUUGGCCAUACAUAUACCAGAUCUGAAGGGAUUUCAGGUGUCAUAAUAACUGACAAAGAAUACCCAGUAAGGCCAGCAUACACAUUGAUUAAUAAAAUUUUGGAAGAAUAUUUAUCUUUACAUCCUAAAUCUGAAUGGCAAAACCUUGAACAGACUAAUUCUACAUUGGCUUAUUCAGAAUUGGAAACUUAUUUGAAAAAGUACCAAGAUCCAUCACAAGCUGACUCAAUAAUGAAGGUGCAACAAGAAUUGGAUGAUACAAAAGUAGUGUUGCAUAAAACUAUUGAAGGCGUGUUACAAAGGGGUGAAAAGUUGGAUGCUUUAGUGGACAAGUCAGAGGCUUUGAGUAGUUCAUCAAGAAUGUUUUACAAGCAGGCCAAAAAGACAAAUUCAUGUUGUAUAAUAAUGUAA